CCACUUCGCAGCAAUAUUAUUGCAGUUCCUGGUUGGCUACCUCUGUGUUUUCAACUUAAAAUUUCUUGGUUUUCCUCAAGAAGGAAGAAGAUGUUGCAAAUAGCUUUCAGCUCGUAUUCAUGGCUGUUGACUGCUAGCAACCAGAAAGAUGGAAUGUUGUUCCCAGUAGCUUUGUCAUUUUUGGUAGCCAUAUUGGGAAUUUCACUGUGGCACGUAUGGACCAUAAGGAAGCCAAAGAAAGACAUCGCCCCAUUACCGCCGGGUCCCCGUGGGUUGCCAAUAGUGGGAUAUCUUCCAUAUCUUGGAACUGAUAAUCUUCACUUGGUGUUUACAGAUUUGGCUGCAGCUUACGGUCCCAUCUACAAGCUUUGGCUAGGAAACAAAUUAUGCGUAGUCAUUAGCUCGGCACCACUGGCGAAAGAAGUGGUUCGUGACAACGACAUCACAUUUUCUGAAAGGGAUCCUCCCGUUUGUGCAAAGAUUAUUACCUUUGGCCUCAAUGAUAUUGUAUUUGAUUCUUACAGUAGUCCAGAUUGGAGAAUGAAGAGAAAAGUGCUGGUACGUGAAAUGCUUAGCCAUAGUAGCAUUAAAGCUUGUUAUGGUCUAAGGAGGGAACAAGUGCUUAAAGGCGUACAAAAUGUUGCUCAAAGUGCUGGCAAGCCAAUUGAUUUUGGUGAAACGGCAUUUUUAACAUCAAUCAAUGCGAUGAUGAGCAUGCUGUGGGGUGGCAAACAGGGAGGAGAGCGGAAAGGGGCCGACGUUUGGGGCCAAUUUCGAGAUCUCAUAACCGAACUAAUGGUGAUACUUGGAAAACCAAACGUUUCUGAUAUUUUCCCGGUGCUUGCAAGGUUUGACAUACAGGGAUUGGAGAAGGAAAUGACUAAAAUCGUUAAUUCUUUCGAUAAGCUUUUCAACUCCAUGAUUGAAGAAAGAGAGAACUUUAGCAACAAAUUGAGCAAAGAAGAUGGAAACACUGAAACAAAAGACUUCUUGCAGCUUCUGUUGGACCUCAAGCAGAAGAACGAUAGCGGAAUAUCGAUAACAAUGAAUCAAGUCAAGGCCUUGCUCAUGGACAUUGUGGUCGGUGGAACUGAUACAACAUCAACCAUGAUGGAAUGGACAAUGGCUGAACUAAUUGCAAAUCCUGAAGCAAUGAAAAAGGUGAAGCAAGAAAUAGACGAUGUUGUCGGUUCGGAUGGCGCCGUCGAUGAGACUCACUUGCCUAAGUUGCGCUAUCUAGAUGCUGCAGUAAAGGAGACCUUCCGAUUGCACCCACCGAUGCCACUCCUUGUACCCCGUUGCCCGGGCGACUCAAGCAACGUUGGUGGCUAUAGCGUACCAAAGGGCACCAGGGUCUUCUUAAACAUUUGGUGUAUUCAGAGGGAUCCACAGCUUUGGGAAAAUCCUUUAGAAUUCAAGCCUGAGAGGUUCUUGACUGAUCAUGAGAAGCUCGAUUAUUUAGGAAACGAUUCCCGGUACAUGCCGUUUGGUUCUGGAAGGAGAAUGUGUGCCGGAGUAUCUCUCGGUGAAAAGAUGUUGUAUUCCUCCUUGGCAGCAAUGAUCCAUGCUUAUGAUUGGAAUUUGGCCGACGGUGAAGAAAAUGACUUGAUUGGCUUAUUUGGAAUUAUUAUGAAGAAAAAGAAGCCUUUAAUUCUUGUUCCUACACCAAGACCAUCAAAUCUCCAGCACUAUAUGAAGUAACUUUACUAUUGUAUUUCUUUUAUACCACUUUAUUGCCUCUUUGUCAUGUUUAGGCAACAAUUCUAAGUAAUAAGUUUGGCUAUAUGGUGAAGAAUAAUGUGUUUAUUAUACAUCAUAAGCAAUGAGCUCUUCCCGACCCUAGGGCAAUACAAUGAUACUGUGUAUUAAGUGAAAUCAACAAAUCUUUUAUUCUAAAA